AUGGAAGACUCUGCGAUUUCCACAGAGAUAGUCCCAGCAAGUGCAGGUUGGGCAGUUGAUUACAUCGUGGAGGUGGACCUUAACAGUGAAGACGGCACCAACAUUCCUCUUUACAACAAGAGCCUGUACUACGAAUGUGGCUCCGAAGUAGCUAUUGUCCGAAAAGACGGGGACGAGUCGGAAUACUUUGUUGCAAAGAACGAGGACUACUGGCUGUUCAAAAUUCAUUCUAACCAUGCCGAGUUUGAAAUCGCCAUUGGAGGCGAGACUCCGGUGCUGGUGAACUCGAAGCCAAACUGGAAGAAAUGUACCGACGAAGAGACCGAUGUCAUCUGGAAAUCAUGCAAGGAGAUGGAUCCUGGAAGUUGUACCUGGCAUGAUUCAUGGUACCAAUCAUGGGUUGUCUACGAAGACGAAGCCAAAGGAGAAUUCGAUCGUUUUGUGGCUGUUAGAUGUCCGAAAAUGGACAACCCGGCUAUUACGAUCAAGGGCUCGGGACAUUUUGCUUGCCUUCACUGGGUGGGCCUGUUUCUCAAAUCGACCACCAACAAAACCAACAAGUUCAUUGCUGUGGAAACUACCAACCAAUUGCUUCCGAAGUAUGCCAAGCGCAACAGAAAUGCAGGCUACGACUGGUUCAGGGACAAUGGACCUGCUGACAUCACGGACCGCACUCUUACCAUUUUUCCCAAACAACUGUACGGCACCAGCGGCAGUGACCCGGACUUAUACGAUCGGUUUAUUACCAUCGACCCAGACAACAUCGUGGGUCAAAAGCAUCUUGAGCUCGUCCGCUCCAUGGUGGAGCAGAAGUCCGCAUUGUCUGCCUACAAAUAUACGUGGCAUGCUAGCGGAAGGACAUUGAUCAAAACGUCCAAACACGACGAACCGGAUAUCUAUCCAGUUAGCAAGCUUAAUUAUGUAUCCGGCCUUGAGGUGAUUCGAAAGAAGGUAAAUGGUUGGGCGGUGCUUCUCACUGUCUUCAUGAGUGUGACCAAAAUUACAGCUGGGCUGCUCACCACCAACUUUGCCAGCAUCGUUGCAGGUAUUUUCGAUAUGAAGGAUAUAUUCGAUGAAAAAAAGAUGAUGGAAACCGCCGAUUUGAAUGGCUUUAUCACAGCUGUUGCCAAGGGAGUAGACGACUAUAACAAAAAGUUUCCCGGGGACAAGAAAAAGACGCCCAACACCUCCGAUGUCCCCACGAUCAAGCUGGAGAUCCACAACAAUACGGUUUUGUGUAAGCAAUUUGGGACCUCCGCAUAA